GUAAGGGGGGAUGAUAUAAAAAGUUACAGGUUUUUGCCUACCUAUUUGUAUCUUCUUAAAUUAGCUAAUCCGGGUACGAUAACUCACCUACACUCUACACCUGAAGCUGAUGGUACGCAGCGCUUUAAGUAUGUUUUUGUAUCUCUCGGGGCUUCUAUAAAAGGUCUGAAGUAUAUGAGGAAGGUAAUUGUCGUAGAUGGAACGCAGCUAGUAGGACGUUACAAGGGAUGUCUCCUCAUUGCAUGUGCCCAAGAUGGGAACUUCCAAAUAUUUCCAAUAGCGUUUGGUGUUGUGGAUGGUGAGACUGACGCUUCAUGGGUGUGGUUCUUUGAUAAAUUAGCUGACAUUGUUCCAGACAAUGAAGAUUUAAUGAUUGUAUCGGACAGACAUUCUUCAAUAUAUAAAGGCCUCAGUGUGGUUUAUCCGAAAGCUCAUCAUGGUGCAUGUGCAGUACACCUUGAGCGAAAUAUCUCCACCCAUUAUGGUAAGUAUGGUGUAUCUGGAUUAUUCUUCAGCGCUGCUAAAGCUUACAGAGUGAGAGAUUUUGAAAAAUACUUCGAACAGUUAAGGGCUAAGAGUGCUGCAUGCGCAAAUUACUUAGAGGAAAUUGGAUUUGAGCAUUGGACAAGAGCUCACUGUAAAGGGGAACGCUACAAUAUCAUGUCUAGCAACAAUUCGGAGUCUAUGAAUAAUGUCUUAACAAGAGCCAAAUCAUAUCCGAUUGUGUACAUGAUAGAGUUCAUUCGAGAGGUCCUAAUGCGAUGGUUCGCAGCGAGGAGGCAAAAAGUGGCUAGGUGUAAGUCUUUAGUGACGCCUGAGGUUGAUGAGCGUUUUCUCCAAGAUUUGCCUGCGUCAGGGAAAUUAGCGGUUAAGAUGUCUGGACCGUGGAGUUAUCAAGUUACAAGCAAGUCAGGUGAGCAUUUUCAUGUCGUUCUGGACGAGUGUACGUGUACGUGUCUUAGGUACACAAAGUUGAGAAUCCCAUGUGAACACGGUCUAGCAGCUGCAAUCGAGUUUGGAAUAGAUCCGAAGGUUGUUGUAGGAUGGUGGUAUGGACUUCAAACGUUUUCCGAUUCUUUUCAAGAACCGAUUCUACCUAUCGCGGAUCCGAAGGAUGUUGUCAUCCCACAACAUAUAUCGGAUUUGAUACUAAUUCCUCCAUACUGUAGACGACCACCAGGAAGACCAACAACCAAACGGAUUCCAUCUAGAGGUGAAAACCGGAAAAAGAGACAGAAAAGACUUAUUCCGAAUCAGUGCACACGAUGUAGACAAGCAGGUCAUAACAAGAAGACUUGCAAAAAUCCUAUUUAGUUCUCCUCAUAAGCUUUAUGUCUCCGCGAAGAUAGUGUACAUUUAUGUGUGGACAGUGUGUACCAAAGUGUUGUGACGGUGUACGUACGUUUAAUGUUUGCCAUCGUAUAACUAUGUACGUUUUCUGAGUGUACGUUUUUGUUAGUGUACGUGUUUGUUGUGUCUGUGUACGUAUAAUCUUCAUGCAAUAAACGGUUACAAACGGUUACACAC